AUGGAAGAAAAGAAAGUACGAGCAGAUGUUUUUUUUGGAGACGCUAAAAUUGUUAAUAAAACGUAUGCAUUGUACCCAUUCAGCAUUAAGGUUACAAAAGGUGAUGAUUCAUCUGCACAUACAAUUGAAAUAGGCCCACUUUUGAAGAGAUAUAGUGAUUUUUAUACAUUAAAGAAAAAUCUCGAGAAAGAAUUUGCAAUGGAACUACCAUAUGAACUACCCAAACGAACAAUAAAUAACCUUUUUUGGUCAAGUCAAAGUUCUUUGGAUAGCGAUGUGAUAAAGGAGAGGAAAUAUAAGUUGAGAAAUUUUUUAUUUGAUCUAUUAAAUGAUUCAUUUGAUACACGUUGGAGGAAUUCUAGUUAUGUAACCGAUUUUUUAGAAAUGGAGGAAGACUGGCAGAGUAUAGUAAGACAGCUUUCGAUGACUGAUAAGGGUAGUAAUAAUAGCGGUGUAAACUAUAACAGUUUCAAUGUAAAUAUUUUUGAUGAUAAUUUUGAUUCUAAUAUUGAUUUAUCAAUUUCUAAAAAUUGGGAUUUAUUAUUUAAAGAAUGCAAAUCACAAUUGUUACAAUGUAAGAAAAGUCAAGAUGAUAAAAACAAUAAUAAAGUGCUAAUGAAAUUGCGUUUGAUAUUGAACAAACUCGAAAGCACAUUACCUAAUGAUGUUGAUGAAAAGAGCACGGAAAAAAAGAGGAAUUUAAUCGAAUUAUUUAAAUCUGACGUAAAUGAAAUAGUUACGACAUCAUCAUUGUUAAGAAAUUAUGCGUUGAAUUAUCCUAAUAAAUCAUCCAGCACUGUAGAGAAUUCUGAUGAUGCUUCAGAUAGAAAUAUGAGAAAUCAAUUAUUUAAGAAAUCAGAAACUCAGCAAUCAAUUAAUAUCAAAAAACCUUUAUUAGGGAGGAGAAGGCUAGGAGAAACUGAAGAGACGAUGGGUUUAGAUAAUCAACAACUAUUGCAAUGUCAUAAAGAUGAGAUGAUAAACCAAGAUCAGGAACUCGAACAACUGCAGAAGAUAAUACAUCGCCAGAAAUUAAUGACAACAGAAAUGAAUUCUGAGUUAGCUCAACAAAAUGAACUUCUCGAUAUGAUGGAUGAUGAAGUAAAUAACACAAGUGUGAAAUUAAAUAAAGCUAAUUCCAGAGUCAAAAGGUUCAACAAUAAUAGUUGA